AUGCAGUGGGACUUCAGAAUAAAAGACGGUACUUGCGUAAGCGCAGACCAGAUCGUCUCAGCGGCCUAUGCCAUAAGUGUCAUGACAGUCGUUUCUGACUGGCUCUACGCCCUUCUCCCAAUCCCAAUGCUGUGGUCGGUCAAGAUGACCAAACAAGCAAAGACAACUGUUAUUGCAAUUUUGGGGCUAGGCAUAUUUGUCGCGACCCUUGUACGCCUACGAUUCCUUGCGGAUCUUACUGAUACGGAAGACAUUCUAUUUGCUGGAACCGAUGCCAUGGUUUGGACACUGAUAGAACCAGGUGUCGCUAUUGUUGCAUCAAGCCUAGCUACCAUCCGACCACUUCUUCGUGCUAUGAGGAUCAGAGGCUUCGAAUCGACCGAAAACACUUAUGGCACAGGCCACUCUGCUGCUGUGAGAUCAAACGCAAACCGUUCCAAAGCCGCAAUCUUGAUUAUGCCAGGCUUUGGCCCUGAAGAUGUCUCACUGACCAACAUGGUGUCACAAAACAACAUGACGUCCCCAUCACACUUAAACGAUAUCGAAAUCCUCCCUCCACGGCACGCGGGCGACGGCCCUAUCUCGCCUGGUCAAGCGAGCAUCGUUAAAAGCGAGAUCCUGGUGAUACAAGGCAAUAGCUCGCCCCCGUCGUCCUGGCAAAGUCGAAAUGAUCGCUCUGCUUCUAGCUCUUUCGACCAAAUCCACGACCUCGAGGCAUACAGCCAAGAACUCGAACACGAUGAUAUGAGGGGCAGAGGCAGAUGA